UUAAGCGUUAGUUGUGGAAAAGGGGGGGAAAUGACUAGUGACGACGGACAAUAUUGUGACGAUUUAAACCGUGCAAGGAGCGCAGCUCUCUCGGGAUGUGCCGCUUCCCGGCCGCCGGAGCCGACCUCUUAAUUUAUGCGUUGAAGAUAAAUGUAUAUUAUAAUGGCGCCGUUGUGAGCAUCCUGGAGGAUGAAUGAUCGAUCGCUAGAAACCACCCUCCCGCGAUCUACCGCGCCCUCACAAGAAAGCGCCCGGCGAAGGACGCUGCCGCGGAGGGCAAUGCCCCCGCGCUCGGGGCCGCGCCACGCCUCGCCCAGCCGGCUUCCUCUCCUCGCGCCCGUCUUCCCUGCCGCUGCUGCUGCUGCCGGUGCCAGGCGGAGGCUCCUCCCUCCCGUGUGACUGGCCCAGUGCCGCAUGCGAGGCGGGAGGAGGGAGGAGAGGAGACCCAGCCAGCGGCUGCCCCCAGUGUGGUGGCGGCGGCGGCGGCGGCAGAAGAAGAAAGAGAGGCCGAGGCGGCGGCGGCGGCACCAUCCUCAUCCUCCGCCUCAUCGGCUGCACCUCUCGCCGCUGCCGCCCGCUGACCUGCCGCCUCCCUCCCCAUCCCUCAUGACGGUUUGGUGCUGCCGAUGCUCCCUGGCCAGUCACUUCAGAAACUACUGUCACCCUGAAACUGAAGGACAGCUUUUGAAUUCCUUAGUGCAGUAUUUUGGUGACAGCCUUGGGACAAAUGUUAAAACAAUGCCUUUACUAGAAGAAAGUGCUCUACCUGUAGACCAACCACUGACUCUGCCCAUGGUAAUAAUAGGUAAUGGACCUUCAGGAAUUUGCCUCUCUUACAUGCUCUCUGGAUACAGGCCAUAUUUGUCUCCUGAAGCUAAACAUCCAAAUCCUAUUUUGCAUCGUAAAUUAAAAGAAGCUAUGCACCUCUCGAUUGUUGAUCAGGAUUUAGACUACUUGUCAGAAGGCCUAGAAGGACGCUCUUCUAAUCCUGUCGCAGUACUUUUUGAUACACUGCUUCAUCCAGAUGCUGACUUUGGCUUUGACUACCUGCCUGUUCUUGAUUGGAAACUAGAACCACACCAUUAUAUUCCUCAUAUCGUGCUGGGCAAAGGACCACCUGGUGGGGCUUGGCAUUCUAUGGAAGGUUCCAUGCUGACCAUCAGCUUUGGAGACUGGAUGGAAUUACCUGGAUACACAUUUAAGGAUUGGGCUGCUACAAAGCGAAGGGCUGGGCAGUGCCAGUCUUACAGCAAGGACUCACCAGGGGAGCAAGGCACAAAUCAAGGUCAAGUUACAAGCCAAGGUCAGAAGAAGAGAAGUCAGGUCAAUGCAGGAGGAAGGCACUUCAGGUCCACGAACAAACUGAGACCAGAAGCCAAGAAGUCAGGUCUACACAGGAGCAAGGGAAGUUGGGUCAAGUCAAAGCAAAAGUCAGGAGCCAGGAGGUCAGGUCUGCGCAGGCGCAGGCGAGUCAGAAAUAUAAAGUGUGAUAGAGUUCUGCCAGAAGAAAUUGCUAGCUAUUACAAGCACUAUGUUAAAGUCAUGGGUCUACAGAAGAACUUCAGAGAAAACACUUAUAUAACAUCUGUAUCGAGGCUUUACCGGGAACAGGACCAUGAAGAGGAAAGUCAGAUGAAUGAAGAUGUGUCAACACAAGAUUUGGAAAUGGAAGACCAAAGUGAGCAGACAACACCAAUCAAGAGAAACUGGGAAAUAAGAGGUUAUCAGAGAGCAGCAGAUGGCUCUCAUGUACCAUUUUGUUUGUUUGCUGAGAAUGUGACUCUUGCUACUGGAACUUUUGAUGCUCCUGGACGCCUCCAGGUUGAAGGAGAAGACUUUCCCUUUGUGCUUCAUUCCAUAUCUGAUUUUGGAGCUGCCAUCAGCAAAGGACUAUUACAUGGGAAAAUAGAUCCAGUCCUCAUUAUAGGUGGUGGACUCACAGCAGCUGAUGCAGUUCUGUGUGCUUAUAACCACCACUUUCCUAUAAUUCAUGUAUUCCGUAGAAGGGUAACUGAUCCAAAUUUAAUUUUCAGACAGUUGCCUAAAAAGAUUUAUCCAGAAUACCAUAAGGUCUACCAUAUGAUGUGUACUCAUUCUGUUACUAAGGAUUCUAAUUUGCAUCCUUCUUAUACCAGUUUUCCUGAACAUCAGGUGCUUUCAUUUCAGUCAGAUAUGAAGUGUGUCCUUCAGAGUGCCUCUGGACUGAAGAAGAUCAUAAAGUUCUCUGUAGCCUUAGUAUUAAUAGGUUCUCAUCCUAAUCUAUGCUUCCUAAAGGACCAAGGCCAGGGUUUAGGCCAUAAUGCAAAUGGACCAAUUACGUGCAAGGGUAACCCUAUUGAAAUUGACCCAUAUACAUAUGAAUGCACAAAAGAACCCAAUCUUUUUGCAGUAGGUCCUCUUGUUGGAGACAACUUUGUACGCUUUUUAAAAGGAGGGGCACUGGGCAUUUCACGGCAUUUGGCUAUAAUGCAGAAGAAGCAUCAACUCAUUGUUGAAGGAGAAGAUGGAGUGCCCUAAAGCAAUCAGCCAUAGACAUCAUCUAGGGAACCACAGGCAUAUGCAUAAGUGAUCCAUUGACAUCCAAAUCAUUGGCAGCCUUGUUUUUGUUAUCCGUACAAGUUCUUCAUGCUUGUAUUGCCUCGUAGAGGAUGCUGCUGCUGCAGUAUUUCAGCCUUUACAAAAUACUGUUACAAAUAUUGUCUGUUUUUCCUGGAAUUGCUUCCAGAUAAAGGAGGAGUAAAUGAAAAUAACACAUGCUGAUUUGCUUUCAUCUCCUACUCUAGAAAGAGCCUAUUUACCUCUUAGAGAGAGUUUGUGCCCAAGAGCUGAGUGUUUUAACUAGACCAAGUUCUAAGAAUAGAAAAAUUUUCUCCUUAAAGAUACAUGAUAAAUUAAAGGAAAUGUUCAGCCAUUUAUUUGCAGCAAAGAUUUUAUUUAUUGGUCAUAGUGACAACUAUGUAAAACUUAGCACUUUUUAAAUGGCCUGUAAAACAAGGAAUUUCCCCUGAAGCCAGAAACAGAGAAUGUUAUAUCCUAGAUUUAACCACAGUUGGUAAUGGGAAAUAGUGAUGAUAAAUAUGUGCCAGUCACUGUUACAUACAGAAAGACCACAUCAAAGGAAUGGUGGAGAUCUAGCCUCUCCUACAUUGGUGUAAAACAAAGUGCUGCUAUAAGUGCUCUUACUACAACAUCUGUGUAAUGGAUGAUGAGUUUACUAAUGUAGUUAGUAAAGAUUAACUACAUUAACGGUUAUUAGAAGUAGAUAUUUAUCCUGAAGAUAGCUCAGUCAUCAUCUGCAAAAGGUCUUUCCCUACUAAGCCAAACAUGGAAUCCUGCUCAUUUUGAGCAUAGCAAAGGUCUCAGCUUCUAAGAUGUGCCUAAUCUCUCAGGUCUGAAAACAGAACUAUUGUUGGUGUUGCAUUAAGGUCUGAAUUCUUAACACAACUGACUGCAACCCAGAGAAAGCUAAAAUCGCUUUUGGUCCCAUUGAAAUCAGCAAGAAUUCAGUUUGCAAGCCAUGAUCAAAAGAAGCAAUUUAUGUGCAGACAGGCAACCACCCAUGCAAAGUAUGUUCUAUAGUUUUCACUACUACAGAUCCACAGUUGCUGAGGCAAAUGUACUUGACUUGUUCAUUGUGGGAGCUACAGCAAUACAGACCACAAAGAAAGAGCAUGUCGUCCUCUACAUGCUCCUAAAUGGCUCCUCUGGAGUAUGGCUCCCUUAAUCUCUGCAACUCCAUUCAUUUCGAUGAGAUUUAAGCAGCCUUCAUUUUAUUUGGGUUUGUCCAUCAGCUGUAAUCCCUGUGCAUGUGUGUCAGAUCUGCAUGCGCACCAGUCCCCCUCACCCCCAAGCCCCUCUUCCUUUUGGUAGCUUAGUCAGCCCUGCCCACCAGCUCUUAAAAAUUGAUGUAUUCCUUAGAAAUAACUUGGAAACAAAUAUGUGAUGGCUAUUAACAAUAUUGCAAAAGUGAGAAAAGUGAUGUUGAUGUUAAAUUAUGAGACAGGAAUGUUAAUCCAUUACAUAGGAUUUAAGUCAGUUGCAGCAUAAGGGAGAGAUUACUCUAAUUCAGUUUUCCUUUUAUGUAUAUUGCGGAGUACAUAAGAUAGUAACUGGGUUUAAAUUGCUUGAAAGAGUAACAGAAUAUUCAGUACUCCUGAGAUCACAAUCGCUGCCCCCCACCCCCACCAAACCUUCCUAUUUAUGUUUCAGUGGUUUAGCAGUAAAAAUGAAAAUCCAAGUCCAUAGUGAGAGCUUUAGGGGUUUCCAAUGGAUUUCCUCAUGUUCCCAAGAGUUGCCUUCAAAUACUUUACAUUAGCCUGUGCAGAUAUUCAGCUCCAAAUAGUCAAAGCCCAAUUAUUCAAACAGCUCUGCUGGCACUGCAUAGAGGCACGCAUUCCCAAUGUGCCAUCCUACCCCUUCUGAGGCCCCCUUAAAAGAGCAUGGACCCCUCCUGCAUUCUACCACUAUCUAGGAAGGCAUGUGGGGAGAAUGGGGAAGUGAAGUUUGUUCCAGCAUUUUCCCAAUAGAGCUGAGGGAAGCACUGAAAAGUCUCCACUUCUCAACGCUCUCCAUGUACCUUCGAGGAUGGCACUGGAAUGCAUCAGAACGCCAUGCUCUUGAAGGGAUGCUUGCCUGUGUGUGAUGCCAGCAGGGCUGUGUGGAUUGCUCGGCUUUCACUAUUUGGAGCCAAGUAUUUGCACAGCCUACUUUAUACACUCAUUCACUUUUUCUCUGGAAGCUUCUUUUGUGCCUGUCAUUUGGAUUCAGAACUAGUCAAGCUACGUUUGUAAACUCAGGGUUAGAGGCACACAUAAGUCAAAUUCAUUAUGAGCCAAAGAGGCAACAACUGUGUACAUAGGUGUAGUGUCCAUCGAACAAGGGGGUGUGACUGUCCCUGGGCCCAGACUAAUCAGGGGGCCCACCAGGGCCCCCACUGGUGCCCACCACCACCCUGCUGCUGCUCAGCCGCUCAUACUGCCCAUAAUCUUCGCCGCUGGGGGGAGUAGGCCAUGCCCCGUGGUGGCGGUGGGCGGACUUCUUCCCCCCCUCCACUCCCGGCUGGCCUGUGGCUUCUCUCGGUCCUGUGCACCUGCACACUUCGAUUUGGGAUAGUGUCAUGUGUUUUCAUGACAUGUGAUGCUAUCCAUAAUCAGAGUGUGCAGGUGCACAGGCCCAAGAGAAGCUGCAGGCCAGCCGGGAGUGCGGGUGGGGGGAGCCUGCCUGCCUGCUGCCGCCAUGGGGGAGUGGCCUGCUCUCCCUGCUGGUUAAGAUUAUGGGUAGUAUGAAUGGCAGGGCAGCAGCAGCACGGAGGAAAGUGGCAGGGAGAUUAAAUCCCCCCCCAAAAAAAUCAAGGGGGCCCUCACAGACAGGGGGCAUGGAUGGGGCAUGCACACUGGGGGGGGGACCCGAGGAACUUUGUCCCUGGACUGCCGGGCAGCUUGCUAUGCGCCUGUUUGUGUGCAAGCUGGAGCCUGCAUACACCUACGGGUUUAUUGGGCUAUUUCCUCUUCAGCAGACCACUUCUUAAGCUUAGGGAGUUUUAAUAGAUUGGAGGUUUGGCCUAAUAAAUCCCACUGCAUAUGUGUACCUAGCUUAGCCACUGUCCAUUUUAAGAAAGUCACAUGCUUUUUAAAAUUAUCAUGAAUUUGACAAUUCAGAUACAAAAGCAUAAGGAAGAUUAACUCCCUAAAGCUAACCCUUUGCAGAUACCUGCUGCAGCUCUGCCCAAGUUCUGCACAGUGAUUGAUGCUCCCCAUCUAAGCACUUCUUUGCUAGCGCAGCGAGGAUUUGGAUCCAGCCAAAAUGUUUCUAAAACAUGAAAGGAAUGUGUAUUAUUUGAUCAGAAACAUCCACAGGGCUUGAAUGUAGUUGUGCUGCUUUAUUUCAUUAGCCUUUACAAUAAAGUACAAACCAUUUUUCAUGUUUA